UGCCGCGCCAGCGGGAGAACGGGUCCCAGGGAAGGGGAGUUGAGCGAUCUAGAGGUUUAAAGUUCCUGUCCCAGCGGAGGGUCCUGCGCUCUCCCUCUCUCCAGCAGCUACGCCGGUCCCUGGUUGCCUCUGGGCCGUCCAUGGGGCCAGCUGGGGUAGGGGGUGUUGGGAAGAUCCACGUUGGAGAGACAGUUGCUGUCUUGGAGGGGAGAGGAGACCGCAAGUCCCAGCGCUGGCGCUUACACCCUUUCCCUGCCGGUGGGGAAGUUCCGUAUUCUCUGUGUUGCCAGUGGGUUCUGCCCCGUCCUGCAGCUCUCCCUCCUUCGUCCCGAGCCCUGCCUGCGCUGGAGCAGGGCUGGCUGGCUGCCAGCUCCGAGGGGAAUCAGAUCCGUGCCCGCAGGCUCGGCAAGCUCCGGCCCAAACGGAGCCGUGAGCACCAACACGGCAGUGGUACCGUGGGCAGAGUGGAAACUGGAGAGAGUGAGAGACAGCAAACGCAGGGCUGACAGUGGGAGGGGUUCUCUGAGGGCAUACAGCUGGAUUAAUAGUUCAUGACAGCAGAGGAGCUGAUUUACAGGCCCUUAGAGGAGAAAACCAGAUCAGUGGGUGGCUGGGGUUUGCCAAAACCAACUUGAUAGCCACAAUGAGAGUAAAGACACUAGCAGAGAUAUACAAAUGGCUUCAGUGCUGAAAGACAGGCUGUCAGAAGGGGGAGGCUUAGAAAGUCGUCAGGGAGAGGGGAUUUCUCUCUGCCAUACUUGGUGGUCAAGGACUUGGUUUCCAGGAAGGAUCUCAGAGCAAAGUCACUGUGAACGUGAUAUAAGAGAGACUCGGCAGCCUCUUGCCAGUAGCUGUAGGGACUCCAGGGACGGAGCAGAGCACAGGAUUUAAGCAGAAAGCAAGGCCAAGUAUUUAGGGCCAUUGUUUGCAGGUGUUAGCAGACCCCAGGGAAAUCAAAAUGCGAAGGGAAGGGUAUGUUAGAGGAGCAGCCAGCUGAGAGGCUGGAACAUGUCAGCUGUACACUGGCACAGUUCAGAGCAGGGCUGUACUCGUGCUGCAUUUCUGGAGCACCCUUUCCCAUGGCUACUAAACGCUCCUGCCUCAGAUAGGCUGAUGUAUGUUUCCCUCCUGCCUGCAGGGCAACAGCUCUGCAAGUCAGCCGACUGUCAUGGGAGGAAAGAAAAUAGCACCUGCAUUACUAGGUCACGUUCAAGGAGCUGCAGGCAUGGAAGAAUGGCUUUGACUCGCACUGCUAGCCAAAGGCUGGCCCUUAAUUGAAGCAGCCUGGCUGGCACAGGGAGGCUGUUGCCAUCUGGCAAGGGUGCUGUGGCAGUGCUGCCCUCCAGGGCAGGGAGCUGGUGCUGCUCUGGGCAGUGCCUUGCAGCUGGAUUGCUCCUCUUUUCCCCCAUUUCCAGCAAUGCCCAGAGAAUCCUUCCUGAACCCUAGGAAUGUGUGAAGAUGGGGAGGAAUUAGACAAGCAGAUGGGGUCUGCAGUUCGAGCUCAUGAUCCAGGGCAGGAGUGUUGGGUAACAGAGCAGGGCAUGCUACUGAUGGAGGAAGGAGAUGCAUUCCCUUCUGAGAUGUGUGGGGGAUAAAAGCUGCGUGUGCUAUGCUCCUAGGGGAAACCCCGAGUCCUGGGAGCUAGAAGGGCAUGCUGUUUGGCACAGGAGGCAGGACUUCACCUUGAGAGCAGGUCUGAAGUUGCCUGAGGUCGCUUUUCCAGGAACAAGGAAGCAGGUGGUGACACCAUCUCUGCUCAGCAAGCAAGGUGGGCUUCCUCCAGCACACACUGCACAAGUGUGCAGGGAUAUGGCAACCUCCAGAGAGAGCCAGAGCUGUGUGGGAUGGGGAGACGCAGGCAUGACUCCAUGAGAUUCUUUAGUCAUGCUGUUUGCUGCAACAAGUGGAAGUGUCCCGGGCAGCAGUGAGUGAGCUGUGAAAACCUCUCAAGAGGAGCUGGAGCUGAUGCCACUGGAGAAGGGGAGUUAUGCUAUUCAAGGAGCAUAGUCAGUUCUUAUCCAGCAGCUUCAGGCCUGGGCUGCCCCACCAGGCUCAGUGGGUAGGGUAGGUGGCUGUUCCCAGCACACUGAGGAAGGUUGUUUGCCCCUUUGUUCACCUCUGGAAGAUCUGUGCCAGCAGAUGGUGGAGGCAGGCUGAAGCUGCCCAGGUGGGAUCCCAAAGCAGGCAGUCUGUGCUGCUUCCCACGGACCAGCAGGGGGUUGUGUCCCUGUUCCUAGGCCUUCGGAAGCCCCUGUAGAAUGGCAGGAGGAAGGUCUCCACCUCAUUUUGCACUCCUGGAUUUCUACCUUCACCUCCUUCCUUGCACUCACCCCUGUGCUUGCAGGUCCCACAGACCCCACAUCCCAGGCUGCAUGGCUGCCUGCAAUGCAUCUCCAUGCUUAGGUGGCAGGCCAACCGGGAAGAACCUCAGGCUUGGGGUCACAGGACAGCCCCUUUGGAAGACUUGAGUGGCUGAAAAAUCUUGAAGAGGCUCUGUUCAGCUUCUGAAGAAUAUGAGUCAUGCACGGAUUGAACAAUCCCCUUCCUUCCCCUCUUCUCCCACACACUCAAAAUCCCCUGAGUGGGACCUGCAGCAACCACUGAUUCGGAAAUUCAUGGUAUGAGGGCAUCGUGAAGUCAGAUACAGGGUUUUUUUCUUUUCAUUGGUUAGUGAGAAGAAAUGCAGAGCGUGCCCAUGGGCUCUCCCCUGACCCUGCCCCUUUGCUAGAAGUCGCCGGUGGUUUUCUGUGGUCAGGCAGACCCUGACCCCAGCUGAACUCCUGUCUGUGGUACUGGCAAUCCCUGCGGCGAUGCUGGGGCUGGACGGGUUGCUGAGACCAGCCUCUUCCUCCCCGGGACUUUCCGGAGCGGCGGUGCCUUCCUGCAGCCCCGCUCCCCGCUCAGCCCCCCUCUCCCCGCAGGCCGGCGGCCGGCCCCGCGCCGACAUGGACGAGCAGUUCCCACCCUGCCUGGAUGGGAUUGACUAUGAUGACUUCAGUUUUGGCUCCCACAUGAUGGAGCAGAAGGAGCCCCUGAUGGAGACAGUGGAAGGUCCCUACCUUGUCAUUAUUGAGCAGCCCAAGCAGCGGGGUUUCCGAUUUCGGUACGGCUGCGAGGGCCCUUCCCAUGGGGGGCUGCCGGGAGCGUCCAGCGAGAAGGGCCGCAAGACCUAUCCCACUGUCAAGAUCUGUAACUACACAGGGAUGGCCCGGAUCGAGGUAGACCUGGUGACGCACAGUGACCCUCCCCGUGUACAUGCCCACAGCCUGGUGGGCAAGCAGUGCAACGAGGCUGGCAACUGUGUCACAGUCGUGGGACCCAAGGACAUGACUGCUCAGUUCAGCAACCUGGGUGUGCUCCAUGUCACCAAGAAGAAUAUGAUGGAGAUCAUGAAGGAAAAGCUGAAGCAGCAGAAGAUGCGCAACAGGGGCCAUCUGCUGACGGAAGUGGAGCUGCGUGAGAUCGAGCUGGAGGCGAAGGAGCUGAAGAAGGUGAUGGACCUGAGCAUUGUGCGGCUGCGCUUCACCGCCUACCUCCGUGACAGCAGUGGGAACUUCACGCUGGCCCUCCAGCCUGUCAUCUCAGACCCCAUCCACGACAGCAAGUCCCCUGGAGCUUCCAACCUGAAGAUCUCACGGAUGGAUAAGACAGCAGGCUCCGUGCGGGGAGGAGAUGAGGUCUACUUGCUGUGUGAUAAAGUUCAGAAAGAUGACAUUGAGGUGCGGUUCUACGAGGAUGAUGAGAACGGCUGGCAGGCCUUUGGAGACUUUUCACCUACAGAUGUGCACAAGCAGUAUGCCAUUGUCUUCCGCACACCCCCCUACCACAAGCCCAAGAUCGACCGUCCUGUCACCGUCUUCCUGCAGCUGAAGCGGAAACGGGGAGGGGAUGUGAGUGACUCCAAGCAGUUCACCUACUACCCAGUGGUGGAAGAUAAGGAAGAGGUGGAGAGGAAGCGCAAGAAAGUCCUGCCUCAGUUUCCUCAGCACUUUGGCGGUGGCUCGCACAUGGGGGGUGCUGGCGGUGGGGCCGGGGGCUUUGGCUCUGGAGGAGGUGGGAACCUCAGCUUCCCAUACUCCCCUGGGCUGACCUACAACAGCAUCUACUCACCCGGCCCCCACCCCGUGGGGAGCUACCAGGGGGGUGUGCAGAUGAAGGGCCCCAAGGUAGAGGGGCCUGAGAGCGACAGGAAGGCGCCUGCAGAAGAGAGCACAUAUUGCAAGGAGCUGCAGAAGCACGCCCAGCUGUGCCAGCUGUGGAUGCUGGCUCUAGCCCGUCGCAAUGCCCAUGCCCUGCUUGACUACUCGGUCACCGCCGACCCCCGCAUGCUGCUGGCGGUCCAGAGGCACCUGGCCGCGUCACAGGAUGAGAACGGAGACACGCCUUUGCACCUCGCUAUUAUCCAUGAACAGACAGCUGUGAUCAAGCAGCUGAUCGACAUCAUUGUUAGUAUCCCCAGCCAGCAGAUCAUCAACAUCUCCAAUAACCUCCAACAGACUCCACUGCAUCUGGCAGUCAUCACCAAGCAGCCCCAGGUGGUCCAGCUCCUGCUGCAGGCCCGCGCUGACCCGACCUUGCUGGACCGCUACGGCAAUUCCCUGCUGCACCUGGCACUCCAGGCUGGCGAUGAAGAGAUGCUGAGGACACUGCUGGCUCACCUGGGCUCAGCUGCCCCUUAUCUGCUCCGCCUGCCCAAUUUCCAUGGCCUCCUGCCUGUGCAUUUGGCUGUGAAGGCAAAGAGUUUGGCUUGCCUGGACCUGCUUGUCAGGACGGGAGCAGAUGUGAAUGCUGUGGAGAGGCAAAGUGGGAGGACCCCACUGCACCUGGCUGUGGAGAUGGAGAACCUGAACAUGGCCACCCACCUGGUGAAGAAGCUGGGAGCAGAUAUCAACAGCCGGACUUUCGCCGGGAACACCCCCCUGCACUUGGCUGCUGGCCUGGGCUCCCCCACCCUCACUAAACUGCUCCUUAAAGCUGGAGCAGAUGUUUUGUGUGAGAACGAUGAGCCCAUGAGCCUGUCCUCGUCAGAGGCCAGUAGCGACACGGACACCGACCCGGAGGAGCAGGAGCUGGCCAUGGAUCUGGGGGAGCCAGCCCUGGCUGCAGAGCACAGCACCAACUCCAAGCUCUCCACACAGGGGCACUGGCAGGCAGGGCACAGGCAGCGCCGCUGCCACACGUCCCUGGACCUGACCCGGAGCCAGAAGGUGCGGGAGAUCCUGCUGCAGGCCUCCCAGCAGGGGCCUCAGGCAGAACUGCCCACUGCCCCCCAGCCAGGGAAGGUCCUGUCACUGGACAAUGAGGCGUUGCAUGGGCUGGAGCAGUUGCUGAACCAGGACUGCAGGGGGUCAGAUUGGAUCGAGCUGGCCAAGCGCCUGGGGCUGUGCAGCCUCGUGGAGACCUACAAGGACACGCCCUCGCCCAGUGCCAGCCUCCUGCGCAGUUACGAGCUGGCAGGUGGCAGCCUGGGGGGACUGCUGGAGGCACUGGACUCCAUGGGGCUCCACAACGCCGUGAGGAUGCUCCACAAAACCGAGGCCCUGGAGAAGCUGCAAAGCACAGAGCUGAAGGAAGAUAGUGCCUACGGCAGUGAGUCGGUGGAGGAGGAGCAGGGGCCCACACUAGCCCUGAAGCCAGGGGGUGAGCUGCCUCCCAGCCAGCAGCCACAGGUGCACUGAGGAGCCAGCCAGCAGCCCCUGUGACCACACUGGAGCUGCACUGUCCUCUGCCUUGCCUACACAAGUGCCUUCUGGACUUGGGGUCCGGCUGCCUGGACUCAGGGGGAUGGGAUGCAGCUGGCUCCUGCCCAUCUCUGCUCUUAUUUAAUGGUCCCUCUUCUGAAUAAAAGGACACAGGUUCCAUUA